GUUAAAAGUCUGCAGAUGAAGGUCCUGGAGCAGGCGCAGGAGAUCAGCCGGCUGCACUUGGAGCUGGACGGCACAGACGCAGUGAAGCGCCAGGACCUGCUGGCGGCCGAGAACGAGAGCUUGCGGCAGGAGAUGAAGGCCGGGGAGCUUUGGCGGCGGCAGCAGCAGGCGCCGUGCCAGGACUGCUCCCACCUCCAGGAGAAUGCCAGGCUGCAGGAGCAGGUGGCCCAGCUGCAGCGGGAGGCAGAGGAGACGCGGGCCAAGAUGGUGGAGCUGAACCUGGAGGUGCAGCAGAAGACCAACCGCUUGGCCGAGGUGGAGCUGCGGCUCAAGGACUCCCUGGCCGAGAGAGCCGAGGAGGACUCCCUCCUGGGCCCCUUGGGUGCUGCUUCCCCAAUACACCCCAUCUCUGGAUGCUUUUCCCCCCAGGACGUCGUCAAGACGGUGGAGGUGGAGUUGGCCAAGGAGAAACAAGCCCUGUGUGAGAGCCAGUCCCAAAACCAGUACCUGCAGGAGCAGGUGGGGAUGCAGAAGCAGGUGCUGAAGGAGAUGGAGCAGCAGCUGCAGAACUCCAAAUUAACGGAGGCUCAUCUCCAUGCUCAGGUCAUGAUAUGCGAGGGUGAGCUGGACCGAACCCGUGAGACGAUGCUGAAGGAGAUGCAGGAGAUGGAGGAGGAGAAGAACCGCGCCAUCGCAGAGGCGUUUUUCCAUGCCCAAGAAGAGAUGAAGGCAGUGCACGAAAACCUGGCAGGCGUCCGGACCAACCUGCUGACGCUGCAGCCGGCGCUGCGCCCCCUCACCCGCGACUACAACAACCUGAAGCGUCAGGUCCAUGACUUCCCCCUGCUCCUCCAGGAGGCCGUGCAGAGCAUCAAGGCCGAGAUCGGCCGGGCCAUCAAGGAGGUGCACACCACCAACCAGGAGCUGCUGUGCAAGUACCGGCGGGAGCUGCAGCUCCGCAAGAAGUGUCACAACGAGCUGGUGCGGCUGAAAGGAAACAUCCGUGUUUUCGGGCGAGUCCGCCCCAUCACAAAGGAGGACGGCAAGGGCCCAGAGGCAGCCAAUGUGGUGACCUUCGAUGCCGACAAUGACGCCGUCCUGCACCUCCUGCACAAGGGGAAGCAGGUGUCCUUCGAGCUGGAUAAGGUUUUUCCCCCACAAGUGUCCCAGGAGGAGGUGUUUCAGGAGGUUGUUGAAGCCCUGAUCCCCUCCUGCAGCGAUGGCUACAACGUCUGCAUCUUCGCCUAUGGGCAGACAGGGGCAGGAAAAACCUACACGAUGGAGGGAACAGCAGCAAACCCAGGGAUCAACCAGCGAGCCCUGCAGCUCCUCUUCUCCGAGGUACAGAGCAAAGCGGCCGACUGGGAGUACACCGUCAGCGUCAGCGCCGUUGAGAUUUACAACGAGACACUCAGGGACUUGCUGGGGAAGGAGCCCCAGGAGAAGCUGGAGAUCAAGCUGUGCCCCGGUGGCAGCGGGCAGCUCUACGUGCCUGGGCUGACCGGGUUCAAGGUGCGGAGCAUGGAGGACAUCAACAAG